AUGCUGGAGGAGGACAAGCAUGACAUAUUCAUCUUGUUGUUGAAUGAUUUGAUGUCGGCAGUCGGUGACAUCAGGUUAAGCUUGGACAUGAUAGAUACACUGUGCGAUCACAUCCCCGACGAAUCAAUGACACAGCACAUCUGUUAUCAAAUGGCCUUCGAUGCACUAUCUCAACACACCGACAUCAAGACCUAUCAACGUGUCCUCGAUUCAUACCCAACGCAUGCUCAUGGGGUGGUCAUAUCGCUGCUUCGUCUCCAAAAUGGCGCAGCCCACGAGCCACUGUUUGCCCGGCGACAGCCCACGAUGGUGGCAUCACCAGACAUCCGCUCACUGAUCACGUACUACCAGACUCAGCAUGGCAUCAAGUACGAGCAGCUCGAUCUCCUGAUGUGCGCGGCACUCAAGCAUGAGCGAUACGAUAUCUUCAAAAUCGUGCAUGACAAGUUGGCAAAGGAGAAGCCGCGCGCACUCAAGGACUGCGAGGAAUACCACCGACACAUGGCCGCCUAUGCCAACACGGACAUACUGACACACACCAAGUACUCGAUCAGUACCAAAGCGCCCAAGUACUACAAGCACCUCAAUACGGCGGCCGGCAAGGGCAACCUGGCCAUUCUGAAACUCGUGCGCCAGGAGCUAGCCACAGACUCAUUCCCCACCGGCAACACAAUCUUUGGCGACUCCUACAUGUUGGACGGUGCACUGCGAGGCGGCUACAUUGAAUGUGCACGAUACAUACUCGAUGAGUGGGGCGACGCCAUACAAUCAAAGCACAAGCGAUGGGUGCGAUCGAAUCACAGCACUGACAAAUGGCCUGUCAACUCACUGGCCAUCGACGAACACACACUAGAGGUGAUGGAUAUGUUGUUGGCACGAGAUCAAGAUGUACUAUGUGGCUUUAGCGACCUCUAUAUAGACGCGAUCAAGGCCAAUCGAUCGGACAUUGUUGAGCGAAUCGAGCAGCUGUGGAACGAGGCUGGCGGUGAACCCUCGAGUAGCAUCUCUCCACCAUUUAUCACAUUAUUCGAUCACCAACUCGCCCUAAACACUGCCAUUCAAUUCAAUCGUGCCACAUUCAUACCAGCGAUCUUAGCACGGAGACCGGUGGGAUCAACAUUCGAGGUCAACCUGGACAAUCUUGGAAGGGCCAGUAUCGACGUCCAGCAAGUCCUCAUGUGCCACGCACAGCCAGGAAUGAUUAUGAUGGUGAAUAUGGUCAACAACGUGUCUCUGUACUUGCUUGAGCUCAUCACAGGGUACGGCCACUUUGCCAGACAACCAACAAUGACUCGCUUCUGUCUGUUCAUGCACGCGACCAACCUACCAGACGCGUAUCCACUCUUGGCCAGCAUGUACGUACUAUGUCGCGACACCAUAGCGCAACACAGAUGCAUCGAUCGUAUAUGCCGAGACAGCGGCAACAUCAAAUCAAUCAUGUUCCUUCAGGAGAAUCGCUCGCAUGGCAGUGUCGAGGAGUGGCUGUUCCAAGCGCUGGCCGCUGGCAACCUCGAGACCGUCGACUACCUUCUCUCGGGCACACUGAACACCAACAGGAGUAGCACAAUCACGUCUGGCCACUUCUUGCCUCGCGACAUACGCGACUUUUUCCGCAUUCAUAGCUUGGAGACGAUCGCGCGACUGCGUCCUGGCGUCAUACCAUUCAUUUGGAGCAGGUUAGAUGAACACAAACGUACAGAAAGAGAUUACAUCAAGGACAUACUAUGCUCGGAUGGAUCUAAAGCAUGCGCCAGUCCACAAAUAUACCAAGUUAUUGUCGAUGCCUUUGACCCUGACAAGACCUGUGUUAAACAACAACAAAUUGUACAGAUAUUAUUACAACAUGGUUGGCUACUACCAUCACUACUACUUCAAGAUCGCAACAACAAUGAUAUCACUAAAGAAUAG